AUGCUGCUAAGGCUAGGUCUCCUCAGCCUACUGGCCCUCUCUCCCUCUCUGGCUGCCCCACACCAAGGCUCCCUCCCUGGAGUGGAUUCUCCCCACAGGAGCUCCAGAAACAACAAGCUGCUGCUCAUCUCAUUCGAUGGGUUCCGCUGGGACUAUGACAGGGAUGUGGACACCCCUCACUUGGACACGAUGGGCCGGGACGGCGUCAGGGCUGCCUACGUCACACCCCCCUACCUCACCAUCACCAGCCCCACACACUUCACCCUGCUCACAGGUCGGUACAUAGAGAACCAUGGAGUGAUCCACAAUAUUUGGUUCAACACUACGACCCAGGAGAAGAAACAGUACUACAUGACCCAGUUUGUGGAUUCCUACUGGGACAACGGGAGUCUGCCCAUCUGGAUAACAGCGCAGAGACAAGGUCUGAAGGCAGGCUCCCUCCACUUCCCCGGCACGGCCGCCACCUACAAAGGUGAGAGAGUAAAGGUCAGCCAGGUGGAACCUCGUUUCUAUGAGCACAACAAUGAGACAGACUGGAGGAUCAAUAUCGACAAGGUGAUUGGUCAGUGGUUCUCCAAGGAGGACCUAGACUUUGUGUCUUUGUACUUCGGUGAACCAGAUGCAACGGGACACAAGUAUGGACCAGAUUCCCCGGAGCGCCGGGAGAUGGUCCAACAAGUGGACCGGACCGUGGGAUACAUCCGUGAUACCACCCGGAAUCAUGGCCUCUCUGAUCGGCUCAACAUCAUUAUCACUGCUGAUCACGGAAUGACCACUGUGCUCCGGAAUGGCCUGGUCGACGAGAUCAUCCUGUCCAAGAUUCCGGGAUUUGACUUCCGGGAUAUCAAGUUCCAACUUGUGGAUUAUGGACCAACAGGAAUGCUUCUCCCCAGAGAGGGAAUGCUGGAGAAGGUGUACCAGGCCCUGAAAGGGGGCCACCCUCACCUGCAUGUGUAUAAGAAGGAGGACAUGCCUGGUAGGCUUCACUAUAGUAACCACCCUCGCCUCCUGCCCCUGAUUCUCUUCGCUGAUCAAGGAUAUGUCAUCAAUGGCUUUUUCCCAGUCCAGUUCAACAAGGGAGAGCACGGCUAUGAUAACCAGAUGAUGGACAUGAAGCCGUUCUUCAGAGCUGCGGGGCCUGACUUCCAGAAGAACCUGGCUGUGGGACCCUUUGAGACGGUCAACGUGUACCCGCUGAUGUGCCACCUCCUGGGCAUCAAACCGGAGGUCAACGAUGGGUCCCUGGAGGUCACCCGCCAGAUGCUGGUUCCCAAAAAGGACCAGGGAUCCUAUGAGAACAGGGACAUCCAGUGGGAUCUAUUCAUCGGCCUGUCAUCGGUCGCUGGUAUAUUAGCGCUGGUGUUUGUUGUCACCACAGCUCAUGCCAUGUUGAAAAGGACUAAAAUGGACCGGAGGUAG